CAGGUUCUUUGUGACAGACAGCUCCAUUCACCGUCACGGUGGCUGUUCAUCUAUUGGCUGAUGUUGACCGCAGGUGCAGUGAAGGCGGGAGGGUAAGGAUAAUACCGUAUGUUUACCUUGAGCUCUCGCCACGCCUCCGAAACACAAAGCUCCUGCGCAACAAGUCAAGACUAUGCGAGGCAGAUCAGGUAAAAAGUUUUAUCGGAAAUCCGGUAUAUCUGCUCAUCGUAUCCUCGGUGAUCGGUAGAUCUUAUGUUCCAGAGUCAUAUUUCAAGACUGGAAGUUGUGGUCAAGAAAGACACUGAGUUGUAUGCGUCGUGUUUAAAGAACGUUUGGUUUCUUCCUCUGAACUUAACGUGUGGCAUGCAUAUUGAGGCGGUUGUUUUGGACGCACGCCCAUUCUGUGUUUUGAGUCACAGGGGCCUGUUGGACACCUCUGGUGAAGUGUUGAGCUGUAUGGACAGGCAGUUGGCUUUGGAAACUAUGUUGUACUGACUGUAUCCAACAUGGAUCAAGAAAACGUGAAUUCUGUGAAACAAGAUGCGCGAUUCUACGAAUCUACGGAGUCUACGGAGUCUAGAACAAACGACAGAAAACAGAACACCUCGUCUGUGUUGUUGUUGUUGUUCGUGCUUUUCUCGGUGAUGAAUGCAGCGGGGUAUAUGCACUUAGCAAUGCGCCUGGCACAUGUUGAAGGCCAGCUUGCGAACUCUGGACAUUCAAAGAGCGAGACUGAUGGACAACAACAUGUCAUAGAGCAGUUUGAUCAGAACUGGGAACAACCAGCAAACAAAGAGCAAAGUACGGGGGCCCUCAAAUCUUCAACCUCCCUGCACCUACACCUGGGGCGGAUGAAACGAUCAGAACAUGGGUCUUCUGAAGAGACUUGGGAAGUGCGUCUGUACCACCCGAAAAGCGGGAAUGGCAAAAGGCACAAGCGGCACCAUGACAUGGCCAAGGGUGUGGUGGAGGUGAAAAUUGGCGGGAAAUGGGGCCGGAUCUGUGACAGGAACUGGGGCCUUGCCGAGGCGAACGUUGUGUGCAGGCACCUCGGGCACGACGGUGCGACCAGGUCCUACAAGAGGGCUGCUGCCAACUAUGGACAGUACUUCAGUCCACACUUCUCCCUGAGUGAUGUGGAGUGCACAGGAACUGAACAAUCCCUCCAGGAGUGCCGACACGUUUUCGAAACCACUUUGUGUGAGGGGAAAUCUCGGAGCAAAUUGACAGCUGGGGUUAAGUGCGCAGUUACGGACGAGUGUGCGUCCAGCCCAUGUAAGAACAGUGGGACCUGCCGAGACGGACAGGACCGCUACACGUGUGACUGUCCUCCAGGAUGGGAGGGGAGGAACUGCGAGAGAGAGAUCAACAAGUGCGCCUCCUCUCCUUGUAAAAACAACGCCACCUGCCAUGGCGGACAGUAUGAGUUUAGCUGUCACUGUGCUGCAGGGUGGGAGGGGAAGACAUGCGAGAUCAGUACAGAUGAAUGUGUGUCCAGCCCAUGCCAAAACUUCGGAUUGUGUGAAGAUAGACACCACGGAUACACGUGCGUGUGUGAACCAGGGUGGGAGGGUCUUCACUGUGAGAUUGAAGUCAACGAGUGCCUGCCCAACCCGUGUCAGAAUUCAGGAGAAUGUCACGAUCUCCAAGGCGGCUACCGGUGCGACUGUCAGCCUGGCUGGGAGGGUCCUCACUGUGAAAUCAGUAAGGCACCAUAUGAUUACUCGGAUGAAUGUGAAAUGAACCCCUGCCAAAACAACGCCACCUGUGUGGAUGGAGUAAACAACUACAGCUGCCUGUGUAACCCGGGGUGGGAGGGACAUGACUGUGACAUACACAAGUGUGACUCCGACCCCUGCAGAAACAAUGGAACAUGCCAGGUGACCCUAGGUGGAUACGUGUGCGCAUGCGCACCCGGAUGGCUAGGACAUCAUUGUGAAAACUUGGAGAACCUAUGUGACUCCAGCCCCUGUCAGAAUAACGGCACGUGUCAUAACGGCGGGGAUCACUACAUCUGCCAGUGUCAGCGCGGAUGGGUCGGGGUUCACUGCGAAACUGUCCAAGUCGAAAACGAACACAGUGCCCAAGUAUCGUCCAACGAGUCAUCGAGCCAUGGAAAUCUCGGCAUAGAUUCGAGGUCCUCCUCAGCCUGGGUGCACAUAGCGGCCAAACCAGCUUCUAAUUACCACACCGUUACGAUAACGCCUAGUAACAGGGUGUUGGCGGGUCACUGGGACUGGGAAAGGAUCCACACCAACAAAUUCCACUUUGACCAGGGAAAGCUGGAGAUACUGGAAGAAGGAGACUACUACAUAUAUAGCCAGGUCCAUUUCAUCGAGAAUGAAAAAGUCGCCCUCACAACCAGCUACACAGUCAAGGUGUUGACCAGGCGUGGUCAAGAUGACUUCCUGACAUGCGUACAUGAGAUGUACGGAUUUCCACCCUACAAGACGUGCUUCACAGCGGGCAUGCGCAAACUGCACAAGAAGGACGUAGUGUAUCUGUACGUCCCUUGUGACCAGUGUGUCAUCUCUCUGGACCACGACACCACGUUUUUCGGCGUCAUGAAGAUUAAUUAAACUUACGUGCACAGUUCAGCAUCAUUUGGUUGUUAUAGCGAGUAAUACAAUGGCAUCUUAUUGUGACAAAAUUCAAGUCGCAAAAUUGGAUAUUCUUCAUGUACAGCCUGACCCUUUACAAAAUGUCCCAGUUGUUUGAGUAACUUUGUUUUGAGUAUAUAAUUACACGAAUGUCUAAUCUUCAUCGACGUAAAUCAUAGUUGAUAAGUUCAUCAUUAUAUGAUAACAGCUUCAAUGAAAUAGAAUAUUAACCUUAUACGGUGACUUACUAUAUACCUUGUAUAGACAUAUCAUAACAAUAUGAUAUCUAUUAAGGCACGCAGCAAAUAUUCAUGCUGUUGUGUUUUGUUAUGGUUUUGUUUUUGGCAUUGUGUAUGUAUAGCACAUCAAAUUCAAAAAGAUUUCAUUCAAAUGUGACCACGGAGUCUGUGCAAAGAAAGGUGUUGCAGCUACUUCACUGCCAAAGCAUAGUAGACUGUAUGUAUAUAUGAUUUGAUAUGAAAAUGACGGUGGAUAGAAUGUAUAUCAUGAUCAUUGGGUUUGACUAGGUUAUCGUAACAUUAUCUAUUUCACUAUCGCAUGUUUGAUAAAUGGAAUAGUCACUCCACAUCUAGUAAUUUUUGGUGAACAGAGCAUGUAUAUCAUUAAUUGAUUUUUCACAGAGCCAAGGUUUCAUGGGUUGACCGCAGCCCAACACGGAGUAGAGUGAACCGUGAUGAGUUCGAUGUAAUGUUUUGAGAAACACAUAUCUGUUUUGGAAAUAAACCUUUC